AUGACAAAAGGAGAAAAUCAUAUACUAAAUGACAGACUAGUACCAGUUUCAAUAUCACAUCCAAACUUUUCAGAUAUUGUUCAAGGUGAAGAUUUAGAAUUUCGAAAUUCAAUCGAACCAACACCAUUCAAAAUAAACCCACCUCAUAUCGAGCCAACAAGGCUAUCACACUACUAUCCAUCUUCAAUAUUAUCCAGAAUGUCAUCAAGUCAAUUAACAACCAUGGCAGGAGCCGCUUCGGGUUUUCUUGCCGGAGUUGUGGUUUGUCCACUUGAUGUUUGUAAAACAAGAUUACAAGCUCAAGGUGCAAUGGUUGGCCAAAUUAAUAAAUAUAAUGGAUUUCUACAUACAGUCAAAACGAUUCUUCGAGAAGAAGGUAUAAGAGGGCUUUAUAGAGGACUAGUACCAAUAACAAUAGGAUAUUUACCUACUUGGACAAUAUAUUUCACUGUGUAUGAACAAGGUAAGAAACGAUAUCCUAAAAUUUUGCAUAAACAAGGUAUUGAAAGUGAUGCCUUGACUCAUUUCUGUUCGGCAUUAACGGCAGGAAUGGUAUCAACCAUUGGUGUUAAUCCUAUCUGGGUUGUUAAAACAAGAUUAAUGAUUCAGACAGGUAGUCAUAGUUCAAUAUAUGAUGGAAGCGGGGCAGCAAAAAACCAAACAUAUUAUAGAGGAACUUUGGAUGCAUUUAGACAAAUGUAUAAAGAAGAAGGGAUUAAAGUAUUUUAUAGUGGACUUGUACCUUCAAUGUUUGGUUUAUUACAUGUUGGUAUUCAUUUCCCCGUAUAUGAAAAAUUAAAGAUCAUGCUAAGAUGUAAUAAUAUAAGCGAACAAGAAAAAGAAGUAUCGGGAAUAUUAUGGAGAUUAAUAGCAGCAUCAUGCAUUUCUAAAAUGAUUGCAAGUUCAAUUACAUAUCCUCAUGAAAUUUUAAGAACUAGAAUGCAAUUGAAAAAGAUAAAUAGUGAAAGCCAUGUAUUAUUGAAAGCAAUUGCAGAAAUAUAUCAUUGUGAUGGAUUUAAAGGGUUCUAUGCCGGGUAUGGAACUAAUUUGGCGAGAACUGUACCGGCAAGUGCCGUUACUUUAGUCAGUUUUGAAUACUUUAAGACAUAUUUACUUGCACUUAGUGGGAAACUGGAGACUUUAGAGUAG